UCAUCUGUACUGAGAAAAAGAGUUAUAUUUUGGUCUGUUCUCACCCAAAACCCACAGAAUGGCUUCAGAGGACAUUGGUUAAACCACUGGAGUCUAUUAUGCUGACUUUAUCUCCUUUUUUGGAGCCUUUGGAGUUCUGGUCACCAUUCACUUGCAUUGUAUGGACAUACAGAGCUGAGAUAUUCUUCCAGUGUUCAGCAGAAGAAAGAAAGUCAUUCAUAUCUGGGAUGGCGUAAGGAGGAACUGGAAGCAGAAGAUGCCACGCUGGUCGAUACAUGUACCAUGAGGAGCAGAGGAGAUCUACACUAAAGACAGACAGGAGAAAACAGUUCACCUGGACACAUUUCACAGGUCACAUUGAGCCCAUGCAGUGGUCCUGGCUAGCCCUGCUGCUCUUGUCCUGCAGCCAGAUGUUUGCCCAACGCCCAGGUGACAUCUGCCCACAAGACUCCAAUUACAAACAGGAUGUUGCACCCAACCCUGUGCCAACGGUGGAUCCUAAACUCUUCAACAAGAGGCGAUAUCGCUCGGCCCGUGUUCUUUUCAGUGAACAACCACCCAAUUCAGAACCCUCUGGGCACCAAGAGACGAGGGGCAGGACGAAGAGGAAAGCGGGAGAACCUCAACACCGUGGCGUUUACUCCGUUUGCGAGAGCGUUAGCUUUUGGGUUGGUAAUAAGACCAAAGCUACGGACAUCUCGAGCAAUGAGGUUACGGUCUUGCCAUAUGUAAACAUCAACAAUGUCAAUAAAACGCAGUACUUUUUUGAGACGACGUGCAGCAAUGUCCGGGCCAGUGGAUCGGGGUGUUUGGGAAUCGAUGCACGGCAUUGGAACUCAUACUGUACCAAUUCGCACACAUUCGUGAGAGCAUUGACUUCAUUUAAGAGCCUGGUAGCAUGGAGACUAAUUCGGAUCAAUGUAGCCUGUGUGUGUGUACUCAGCCGAAAAUCGUGGAGACAAUGACAAACUGUCUGCUUUUAGUCUAAAACUAAGCCAAUGUCAGCCUUAUAAUACCAAACUUGAUCAUCCAAAGUGAUAUUUGUGAUAUCAAAUUGAUAUUGGAUUUUUCGUGUGCACACUAUUAAGGACAACUCAUGACAUUAAACAGACAAUCUGAGGAGGAUAUAUAUGAUGUGCUUUUCUCAUUAGAAACUAAAAUGGACUUGAAUGUUUCUCUUUUCUUUAUGAAGUUUCUGUCUUUUUUUGGAAUCCUUUUUUCCCCUAUAUAGCAAUAUGAGAACUUGUGGUGGUUUCUUGAUAGGACCACACGUGUAUACAUUCUUAUUUGUUGUCAUUGUUAUUUAUUAAAACAUUAUUGCCCAGUUUAUUGUGGGGUACUUAAUGUGUUUACUAGGAAGUGCAGCUUGCUGAAGCUACAGCCUCAUCAGUAUUGGAGAAAACCGUACAUUCAGUCAUUUUUUAUUGAUUUUUCUGUGUUAUAGUAUUUAACUUAAUAAAGGGACAGGUCACCAAAAAAAGAUAAUUCAUCAAUUACUGACACUCAUGUUAUCUCAAACUGGUAUGACUCUCUUCUGUGUUGCACACAAACAAUGUAUCAGUGAACAUGUCUUUUUCUCACCUAAAAUGAUCAUAUCGCUUCAGAAGACAUGGAUUAAACCACUUGAGUCGUAUGGAUUACUUUUAUGCUCCUUUUCUGUCCUUUUUGAACCCUAUUGACUUACAUUUUGUAGACAAAACACCUCAUACAUCAUUAAAAAUAUCUUUGUUUGAGGUUGCAUGAGGGUGAGUAAAUGAGAGAAUAAAAUUUUUGGGUGAACUAUCACUUUAAGUACCAUCAACAACAA